AUGAAAUUUUUUACAUAUGUUCAAAUUUGGAUAUUCAUUUACUAUAUUAGAAGUAGUACCUCUCCCAAAUCAUUGGGAAAAAAACCUAACCUAGGUUGUUCUUUAAAUUUAAGAACUAUUCGAUUAUUGUUAUUAGAAGAUGAAGUGAAAGAUGAAGACCCAUUAAGUGCAGAUUUAAAAGAAGGUGAACCAAAUGCUCAAACCAAUGAAACAUUACAAAAUGAAUACUUACAAAAUGAACAUUUACAAAAUGAAACUGUGCAAAGUGAAACAUUAGAAAAUGGUGGAUUAGGAUAUAGUGGAUUACAGUACAAUGGGUUAGAAAAUAGUGGAUUACAGUACAAUGGGUUAGAAAAUAGUGGAUUACAAUACAAUGGGUUAGAAAAUAGUGGAUUACAGUACAAUGGGUUAGAAAAUAGUGGAUUACAGUACAGUGGGUUAGAAAAUAGUGGAUUACAGUACAAUGGAUUAGAAAAUAGUGGAUUACAGUACAAUGGAUUAGAAAAUAGUGGAUUACAGUACAAUGGAUUAGAAAAUAGUGGAUUUCAGUACAAUGGAUUAGAAAAUAGUGGAUUACAGUACAAUGGGUUAGAAAAUAAUGGAUUAGGAUAUAGUGGAUUAGAAUAUAGUGGAUUAGAGAACGAAAACAACCCACAAGAACACGAAACACAACCAAGCAAAUUUAAAAACAAAAUGGGUGGAGUAUUUGUAUUCAAAAAAAUUCCCUUAAUGAUUGAAGAAAAUUUAUUCAAGUGUUUUGCUUCCAUAUAUGAUUAUAUAGAUAAGGAUGAAAACAGUCUUCAAAGAAAGUUUAAGGCCUUGUUUAUGAUGAGUACAUUUUUGUUGAUAACACCAAUUUUUUUAAUUUCAUUAAUCGGAGCUUUUUUGAUCAUAGGACAAGAUACAUAUUAUUAUUGUGGCACUGCAUUAUGUUAUGUUAUAUCCAUUACUAUAGCAUUAUUUAUUAUUUUGAAAAAUUUAAAAUAUAGAGCUAUUAAAGCAGGUCACGCGAAUCCUAGUUUUAAAGAUUACUUUUCUUCAUUUUGA